AUGACUCUUGACAACUCGCAGUCGCCGGGGGAGCACUUGGGGCACGAGCACCGCGAUUCUCACACCCAGCCGCAUCGUCACCCCAAGAGAUUGAUCUUUGCACCCGGCGACAUCCAAGCCCCUCUUUCUUCCCCCGCAGCCCCCUCCACCGCAACACCACGCAUCGUCGACGCCAGCACGAACAACACCGAUUCCCAACCCACCGUCCUACGAUCAUCGUUGCUCCCUACCCUCGACGACCCCACGCUCUCCGGCGCCUCGACGCCCUCCACCAAUGCCGCCGUCGUCUCGCACGCCGCGCGCGCCCACCAGUUCCUGACCAACCCGCCUCUGACUCUCUCCCAGAUCCACCCCACCAACCCGCUGCAUCAAUUCCACACGUGGUUCCGCGAUGCGAGACUGCCCGCGUCCUCGGCGCCGGAGACGUGCACGCUCGCCACGGCGAGCAUGCCGUCGGGCCGGGUGAGUGCGCGCGUGGUGUAUCUCAAGGAGCUGGAUGAGCGGGGGUGGGUUGUGUAUAGUAACUGGGGCAGCCGGGCGGGAAAGGGAGGGCAGGUGUUUGGCACGGCGACGGAGGCGGAGACGGGUGUUGAUGGGAGUGUGAUUCCGGAUGAUGGACAGGGACGGCUGGAGGGGAACCGCUGGGCGGCGCUGACGUUUAAUUGGCCCCGCGUGGAGAGGCAGGUUCGGGUGGAGGGGUUGAUUGAGAUGUUGAGCCGCGAGGAGAGCGAGACGUAUUGGCGGGUGAGGGAGCGGGGGAGCCAGAUUGGGGCGUGGGCGAGCCAGCAGAGUAAGGUGCUGUGGUCUACGGAGCCGCAGGAUUUGACGGGAGUGGAUGCCGCUCCGGGCGCGGGUGGGGAUGGGCACAGGGAAGAUGUGGAUGAUGGGCGCUCCGUGUUGGAGAAUCGGGUGAAGGAGAUGGAGGAGAGGUUCGCUGGGGCGGAGGAGAUUCCGCUCCCGCCGUUCUGGGGGGGCGUCAGGCUUGUUCCUGAGUCUGUGGAGUUCUGGCAGGGGAGAAAGAGUCGGCUACAUGACCGGUUCCGGUAUGUGAGGGUGAAUGAUGAGGAUGAGCAGCCGGGAGUGGGAGACGAGAAGACAUUUAGAUGGCGGAUCCAGAGACUCUCGCCUUAA